AUGCUUGUAACGACUGACGGAUAUGCUCAGUUGAAUGUCGCCAAGGAGGAAGCAAGAGGGAUGAUUCCCAGUCGGAGCGGUGCAGAGGAAUCGGUACGAAUUUCGACGAGCUCAAUUUCCGUGUAUAACAAACUGGACAAUACGUUAAGAGGGCCGAAGAGGCCAUACCAGUCUCAAGAACUUGAGGUGCCACGAGUAGCAGUGAAUUCAAAAAUUCGUGCUGAAUAUCCUGUUAAAGUUUGUCCAACCACUUAUGCAAGCAGUAUACUGCGAGGUAAUAGUUGGACUGUGCAGGCAAGCAGCGGCCAACAAAUUCAGUCGCAGUACCAACUGAACCCUGGGCAAGAGAAAAUUCGUUCGAGUGUAGCUGUGUGUGUGGAACCACCUACUGCCAGUGCGCCGGUUAAAACCGGAACGCAGUACGGCAUUACGGCCAGUAUUGCAAGGCCGAGUGGAGUGAGCCGUAUCCACCCAGAAAAACGAUGGGUAGACGAAGAUAUCACCCACUAUGGUGCCAUCGAAGAAAACUGUGAUUUUGAUGAAUGGGUAGACCGCAUUGAUGUUUCGAAAUUUGCCGAAGAUAUUAGCGUUGAUUUGAUGUCUAGGCCAAAGUUAGUGAAGAAGGAGAAGAUCCCUCAUAGCAGUCCAUACCCAAAACCGGGAUGGUCUUACUCAAACCUGAUCGCAUUGGCCCUGAAAAAUAGCGAGACAGGGCAGCUGACUGUUUCGGAGAUCUAUGCUUUUAUGCUAGAACAUUUUCCUUAUUUCCGUACUGCGCCGAAUGGAUGGAAAAAUUCUGUCCGCCACAAUCUCUCUUUGAACAAAUGCUUUUGCAAGGUUGACGUAUGUUUCAAAGUUGACGAAGAUGCUCCAUUAAUGCACCAAACCCGAAAAUCGUGUCUAUGGAUGAUAAAUCCGGAACGCAUACACAAGGUUGAGAAUGACAUUCGAAAAUGGCGGGAGCGAAACCCGGAUUCCGUGACAGAAGGAAUGGCCCGGCCAGAGGACCUCCAAGCGAUCGAAGAAGGUACAAAAGGUUUACCAGUAUCGCGGAGCUCGAAACAUGUCGUGAAAUCAGCUCCCGUUGAAAAGAGCUCUCGAAGAGAGGUGUCAUUCUUGCGACACAGUGACGAUCAGCUGUACGACGAGGAUGCUAUUGCAGCACAGGACUUGUUUCACAUUGUAAAGCAAGAGUUGCAGUCACAAGCGAAGGAAUCUGAAGAAAUCGUCGUUAAUCAAAAUUUGUAUAUACCCGAAGUGAAGCAUGAAGCAGUAGACGAACGUCUUCAUUUCGUUUCGAGGUCCUCUGCUGUCGAAGAGUUCAUGCAAACGUCGUUUCCGUCAAGUGAGACCAUGCUCGAGUCGGUCAGUGAUAGCGCUGCUAAGCGACCUCGGUCUGAUAGUUUAUAUAGUCCUUCAAAAGAGAUACCGGUUAUGGAUCUGUUACCAAGUGCAUUUGUGGAUGCAUUCCUUUCUUUAACCCCUCCAAAAGCUAAGAGAGUUGAGAGGGACCGAUCUCUUUCUCCAGUCGGAAUUGAGUCCGGUUUCCGGCAUGCUCACGAUGCCCUCAACGAUAAUUCACUGCUGGCGGCAGCUCUUGAGCAAAGCCCCUACAAAAUGCCGGUCACAUUUCCUGUAUUAUGA